AUGGCCUUCGUGAUAUGUCUGUUUCGCCGUCGCUCACGAGACGACUACGACCACAGCCUAAAGAGCGAGAUCGGACACCCGAACCCUCGACCAGACACAUCCCCUACGCCCCUUUCAGGUCCCCUAUACGCCAUACGCGAAGGCAUUCGUACGCCUUUGACGCCCCCGCCCCGCCUGCAGCAACGAAGGCUGCUUUCCACCCACGGGAAUCCUGAGAGGCCGAGCAUCAACAUCAGCGUCUCCAUCCCAGGAACUCCCCUCGGCGCCUCGGUCGAGAAGGCAGGCAUCUUCUCGCCGUCUCUCAUCUCGACACCCACGCCCAUAGCAGCCAACAGAGUCCCUCCGAAAUAUGACCGCUCCACGAAGCCAUACUACCGCGUUUCUCCGCCGCCGCCACAGAGUACAUUCGGCCAAGGCACCAGCGGCGGGCCCCGAUACUCCGGAAAGACGUCGAGCAUGAGCAGCGCGGCGAGCAGUCGCACCGCCACCACCGUAUCCAACGUCUCAAGCAUAUUUCCGCACCUCGUGCCCUAUUCGUGGCCAAUGCGGCCUCCGAGGCCUCACGAGAAACCGCUGCUGAUACCGGAUCUGGUGUGUCCUGGUCCCCCACCGGCUCGCUCGCUUCCUCCGGCACCGCCUGGGAGCCCCACGAGUCCCGUGUCCUUUCACAAAAAGUUGCUUCUUCAGCAAUUACAGCAGCAACAGCAACAGCAGAAACGAGGUGGUAGUUUCGAUAGCGUCAGCGCCGCUGUCAGCAACGGGUGGAUUCCUCCUCGGAAUCCGGCGCGGGGCGUGAUGCUGGAGAAGGAGUCGAGGGACUUGUGCGAGUUGACGGAGACGUGUGCGAGAGAGUGGCGGGAGAGGAAUAGCUGGGGAAGCUGGAGUAUCGGAGGUGGUGGGACGGGUGUUGGGACGAGUUCGGUGCAAAAGGGGGGCGGGAGUGUGAAUAGUCCCGUGUUGGAGGAGGAGGAUCUGGAGAGGAUAGGCGGGCGGUACUGA